AUGAGCGAUUUAAAUCGAACAACUAAUAACAAUACCAACAACAAUAGCAAUAGCAAUAACAACAGUGCAUCUAUGAAUAUACAAAGAAAUAAUAAUAAUAGUACUACUAAUAUUGGUAGUGGUGGUAGUAAUAUUCAAUCUGUUGAUGAGCUAAACAAUGGUAUCAACCAGAAUUUACAUUUAAAUACCAAUGGAAUGGCUAAUAAUACUACUAACAACAAUAACAACAACUUGAUCGCUGGAAUGAAAACACACUUUGGAUCGCCAUUAAGAACAUUGAUUCGUGCAUCGUCUCUACAGAAUCUACCAUCUCAUGGCAGUAACUCGGUGAAAGAGGAACUACCCUCGGUUAUCACCAUAAAGAAUCAAGCGACCACCACCAAAGACAAGAUGGAUCUGAUAAAGUAUGAUCCACAAGACUCUUCGGUGCAUCCCGGUCCAAGUUCAAAGUACGAUUUCGUCAAGGUUAAAGUUCGUCUCGAAGAUCACUACUAUGUGCUGUCUCGUUUUUUGAUAUCGCGUGUACUCAACGUAACCCAAGUAGAUGCAGCCGACUCUGUAAAGAUAUCACUGGAACUUAAGAAGCGUCUAGUCGACCAAGGCAGACUGACACUCACCCAAUCCGAACUGGAAAACGAACUAUUCACACUACUACAAUCCUAUGGAUAUGGUGCUGAAUAUAUUGAAAGAUAUAGAAUGAACAACUCAAUUUCAUCAUCAAAGAGUACCAUUGAUUAUCUUGAUAUCCGGACCGAAAUGCAUUGGAAAGUCGUGGUUGGCUACACAGCUGGCAGAGAGACUCAAUCUUUCGACGGUGCUACAGACUACGCUCGUUCAGGAUUUGAUGGAUGCCAUCAUCAAGGAGUUCCCUAA